CAGCUCCGGCCUGAUGAUCCAGCUGCUGCGCGCUGACAUGGAAACAACUGCGCCUUUCCACUGAAGCGCGGCGCAUUCCUGCGUGGACCGUGGCACCGCGGGGACGCUAAACGGCCACUGGAAAACUUCUGCUUGUUGUUGUUGUUUUCUUGCACGGCUGCACUCAUGUAAACUCACCAUGUCUAAGAGCCUGAAGAAGAGGAAGAACCACUGGACCAACAGAGUCCAUGAGAGUUUCCUUUGCAGGAAUGAGGAGGGGGCGCUGGGGCUGGAGCUGCAGGGCGGCGCGGAGCGCGGACAGUUCCCGGUCAUCGGCGCGCUCCUCCCGGGCAGAUCCGUCUGCCACAGCGGUAAACUCCUCCCGGAGGACCUGCUGCUGGAAGUCAACGACACUCCCGUGGCUGGAUUGACCACCAGGGAUGUCCACGCUGUGAUCAAACACAGUAGAGACCCAGUUCGGCUCAAGUGUGUCAAACAAGGGGGCGUCAUCGACAAAGACCUCCGCCGCUACCUCAACCUACGUUUCCAGAAAGGCUCAGUGGACCACGAGCUGCAGCAGAUCAUCCGGGACAACCUGUACCUCCGCACCGUCCCCUGGAAAGAAACAUUGUGAGGAAUGGAUAACUGGCCUGCAGAGGUAUGAGAAAGAACCAGGGAUCAGAAUGAGCCUGAAAAUGGAAAAUGAGGUUAUUCCAUCUGGCUGCCUGCCCCAUCUAAAGCCAUUUAAAGGCAGAGUCAGAUUUCUGCUCCAUCGUGGACGGGAAUGUAAGGAGAAGGGAAGUGACUCGUGGACUUGUGCUUCAAAUGCUUUAAGCUGUGCUCUGUUUGCUGAUUGAGUGGUUCGAGGUGAAUUUAGACUUUAUCAAUGAAACCAUUUGGGAUUUAAUCAUAGAAUCAACAAUCUUUCCCAUCAAUCAGCUUUUCUUUCAUCUUUAGCUUAGAAAAAACUUAC